UUAUUUCUGUUUUGAAGGAGUGUGUGUGAAGUGGACGAUGGAGGUCUGAGCCCGGUCCAUUAUGUCUUCAGUGAGCAAGCUUGACCAGGUCUAUCGAACUAUCCUGCUCAGCAAGUACUUUACGAAGGGAUGGGGGGAACCGGAAGUGAUGAAGCGGUUGUUCCGCUUUCGAAAAAUCAUGUCGAACCGAGAAACUUGCCGGCAUCUAGUUUCGCACCACUACCCAAUUUCUGUCAAACAGGUGGAAAGCAACUCCGAUUACAAACUUUUCGAAGGAAGCUUCACCUCUCCGUUCGUGAGGUUCAUGGGUGACCUGAUGCCAGUGGAAUGUCACACAGCUCAUUUCCAAAUGCUUUUGCCGACAAAAUGGCGAAACGAAAAUCAUAAACCCGUUUGCAUUCACCUAGCCGGGACAGGCGAUCACUUUUUCUGGAGGCGGCGCACGCUUAUGGCAAGACCCUUGCUGCGGGACUCCGGCAUCGGAUCAAUUCUCGUCGAGAAUCCUUUCUAUGGAUCGAGGAAACCGAAGGAUUAUGUCCGUUCCAAUUUGCACAAUGUGACUGACAUUUUCCUCAUGGGUGGUUGCUUGAUUCUGGAAUGUUCAGCUUUGCUGCAUUGGUGUGAAAGGAAUGGAUUCGGACCACUUGGGCUUACCGGGAUUUCUAUGGGUGGACAUAUGGCGUCAUUGGCAGCGACGAAUUGGCCAAAGCCAAUUGCUCUGAUUCCUUGUUUGUCGGGAACAAGUGCCUCAGGUGUUUUCACGCAGGGCGUGAUGAGUGGCGCAAUCGAUUGGAGUCUUCUAGAGAGCCAGUACUGUUCUUCCAGUGAAUAUCGGGAAGAGAUCAUGCAAAUGAUCAAGACAACGUCUAAGGACGCGGCUUUCGUCGCCGGACGAGAAUUUGUGCAGCGGUUUCCGGAAUUCAGCGACAAUCUGAAAUUUGCUCGGGAUGUGGUUGUGGAUCGUGACAGAGAUGCAUCAGUAUUUUUGUCAAACUUCGAGAAUCCGUUUGGCGUGUUGGAUGGUGGUGGUCGGCUGUGUACAGGUGAUCAUUGCGAACCUGUCGGUUUGAAAUCGCAGGAUGAUGGGGUUAAACACAUUGAAGUUCAGCCAGUGACCCGGUCGAAGGCGGAAGUCGUCAAAAAAUGGAUCAGGUAC